AAUGCAGCGUGAGGAGUUAUCGGGCGCCGCGGGGCAGGGACUCGGCGGCGGGGCCCGGACUAGCCCGGCAUGGCGACCCCAAUGAGAUCCAGCUCGCAAGAAGCGGGCCACCACCGACCGAGGGUGGCGGACUCCAGCAGGAGCUUGAACGCCACGGCGAAGCCAUCAGAUCACCACCACCACCAACAGACGAUCAUCAACAACCAGACCGUUACGACGACAGGUCAGCAGCAGCAGCAACCUUCCAACUUCGAGUACGAUGACAACGAGUGGGACAUAGGCAUUGGCGACCUCAUCAUCGAUUUGGAUGCAGACAUAGAGAAAACGACCGACGUGGGCAUGGCGGCUAAUGGCGGCCCGCAGGCCUCCAAAGCUCAGGCCACGGCCAAAAUGCAUAUCGAGCACUCCGCCGUCGCCGACAAGGGCCUUAAGAUGAAGAUCAAGCGGACGAAACCAGGUACCAAGACCUCCGAGGCUAAGCACGAGAUCGUCAAGUCCAACGAGCUGAACGGCGGUGUAGCCGACCAAACCGACCCCAAGCUGCCUCCGCAGAACACGCCAAAGCACCUCGGUGCCGUAGUCCCCCCAACGGCGACCACCCCUGGCCCCCUUGGCUCCGGAAACGGUAAGCGCGGCUCCAGCGGGCACCGCAGAGACAAAGCGCGUGAGAAGCACGCCUCCUCCUCUUCUUCCGGUUCGAACUCUUCCGUUACGUCGUCGUCGACGUCUUCGUCGGUGAAACUCGUCGCGCAAACUCCCAGUGCGGAAAUGAACGGUAUGAUACGCGUGAGCGCGCCUCAAGCGGGACCGCCGCGCAGCACGGGGCCCGGGCCGCCGCAGGGGUCUGUUUCGGGACCGUCUCCUCCGGGUCCGCCACCAAGCCCAGCCGCGGCGACGGCGCAAGGCUCGGCCGCCAAGCCGGAGCAGGCAAAGGUGGCGGCGGCGUCGGGAAGUGGGAGCGGGGCUGUUGCGCAGGCGCAGCAGCUUUCCGCGUCGAUGCCGAAUACGGACGAUAGGAGUUACACGCCGCCUCCGGCGAAGAAGAUGAAAACCGAGAACAAGCGAACUCUUUGGCUCUUUCUUGUUGUCGUCAGUGUAGUCGAUAAAUUCGCCAACGAAGUCAAUAAAUUCGUCAACGAAGUCGAUAAAUUCGUCAGCGUAGACGAUAAAUUCGUCAGCGUAGUCGAUAAAUUCGUCAUAUUCUCCUUCAGGAUAGCUGCCAUCAACGUCUCUUCCAACACGAACGAACGACAUCAAAGCAGGCUUUAUUAUUUCGUCAUUCCGUCAUCUGAC